AAAAUUCUUCCAAAUCAUCGCAGCAAGCUUGAUCAACAUCCGUUGAAUUUUUGAAUUUCGUCGAUGAGCUGGGCCACGCCUGUUCUUCCAACGAAAGACGACUGAUGAACUGCGUAAUGCCAUAGGUGCGAAAUCGGCCCAGCUCGAGGACCGGCGACCCGCCUACCCCACCGACGAGGGUCCCCCAUUUUAUCGCGAUUCUAGCACUGCAGAUCUGAUCCUCUAGAGGUUUUCCCUCUUGCUGCACGCUAAAACCGACCUUGUACCGGGCUUUAGGCUGAAUGAACGACAUUCGCGUCCAUGAUAUCACUGGAAAUGCUUCAUUUAUCCUCCAAUUGUGAGCCCAAAUUGAUGGAGGCUACAUAUAGGACUAAGACGCCCGCCAAGGGAGAGCAAUAUUUCAACUGCAUCGCGACACGAUGUUGCUCUCUGGUGUUCUUUUCGGGUUGUUCCUAGGACUUGCUUCCGGUGAAGAUGGAUCAGCGGCAUGGCUCCGCUACGCCCCACUUCCCCAUGAUAGUAGCCACAGCUCCCUCCCUUCAUCCAUCAUCACCUUGAACAGCACUAGAGGCAGCCCGGUGUAUACUGCGCAGCAAGAGCUUCGCCGGGGUAUUCAGGGCAUCUUUGGAAAAACACUCAACAAUGGAACCUCCUCAAAUCAGCAUGGUGCUAUCAUAGUUGGGACGGCUCAGGCAUACCAAAAAAGCUAUGGCGAGUUUGAUGAUGCAAAAGAGCUUGAGGAAGACGGUUACUUCCUCAGUUCGGAAAGCAACCAGGUGCUGAUAAUCGGCCAAAAUGAGCGAGGUGCUCUAUAUGGUUCUUUCGACUACCUCUCACGGCUUGCUCAGGGUAAACUCGGCGCCGUCUCGUAUGUUUCGAACCCCCACGCGUCUAUUCGAUGGACCAACGAAUGGGACAACAUGGACGGAAGUAUUGAGCGUGGAUAUGCGGGACCAUCCAUCUUCUUCGAAAAUGGAUUCGUAACGGACAAUGUCACGCGCGUCGCCGAAUACGCACGCCUUCUUGCGUCUAUUCGCAUUAAUGGCAUGAUUGUCAAUAACGUUAACGCCAAUGCAACACUCCUGAGUCCACGAAAUAUCAAUGGCUUAGGACGAUUGGCCGACGCAAUGAGGCCGUAUGGAGUGCAACUGGGAAUUUCGCUCAAUUUUGCAUCACCGCAGACCUUCGGGGGCCUGAGCACAUUCGAUCCGUUGGAUCCUGCAGUAGAUGCUUGGUGGGCGAACAUCACAAACCAGAUCUAUGCACGCGUCCCUGAUAUGGCAGGUUACUUGGUUAAAGCCAAUAGCGAGGGCCAACCCGGACCCCUGACGUACAAUCGAACAUUAGCAGAAGGAGCAAACAUGUUUGCUCGAGCAGCCAAACCGCAUGGAGGUAUCGUCAUGUUUCGAGCUUUUGUCUACGACAAUCACAUCAACGAGAGUAACUGGAAGGCAGACCGGGCCAAUGCUGCAGUGGAGUUUUUCCAGGAUCUGGAUGGAAAAUUUGACGAUAAUGUGGUCGUACAAAUAAAGUACGGUCCAAUUGAUUUCCAGGUUCGAGAACCUGUUUCGCCACUGUUCUCAACUCUUCGAAACACGAGUACAGCUAUCGAGCUUCAAGUGACUCAAGAGUACCUUGGUCAACAAACGCAUCUUGUAUACCUUGCACCUCUGUGGAAAGAGAUUCUCGAAUUCGACAUGAAAGCCGACAAUCGGUCUUCCAAGGUGAAGGACAUCAUUUCCGGUGAGCGAUUCAGGCGGCCACUUGGUGGAUCGGCUGGGGUAGUGAAUGUAGGCACCAAUACGACCUGGCUGGGGAGUCAUCUCUCGAUGUCGAAUCUUUACGCUUACGGGCUACUGGCAUGGGAUCCGGCGCUUGGAGCCGAGGAACUCCUGCAGGAUUGGAUCCGAUUGACUUUUGGCCACGACAAGAAAGUGAUUGAAACUGUUACCGAAAUGUCAAUGAAGUCAUGGCCUGCGUACGAAAACUACACGGGAAACCUUGGCAUCCAAACCCUCACGGACAUCCUAUAUACCCAUUUUGGGCCUAAUCCAGCAACGAUGGACAAUAACGGGUGGGGCCAGUGGACCAGGGCCGACAAAUUCAGCAUUGGCAUGGACCGCACCGUCAAGAACGGAACUGGAAACGCUGGACAGUAUCCGUCGGAAGUGGCCAAGGUGUACGAGAGCAUCGAAACCACUCCUGACAACUUGUUGCUCUGGUUCCAUCACGUCAACUACACGCAUCGUCUCAAGUCAGGCAAGACCGUGAUCCAGCACUUCUACGACUCACAUUACGAGGGUGCAGCGACUGCGCAAGACCUGGUGGAACAAUGGAAUUCUCUGGAAGGUAGAAUCGACGUUGAACGCUUCGAGCACGUUCUUUUCAGACAGAAAUAUCAAGCUGGACAUGCGCUUGUAUGGCGCGACUCCAUCAACCAGUUUUACUAUAAUCUCUCCGAAAUCAAGGACGAAGCUGGAAGAGUCGGGAACCAUCCCUACCGGAUUGAAGCCGAGAAAAUGACUCUGGACGGUUACAGGUCGUAUAGUGUGAACCCCUUCCAUACAGCGUCCGGCGCAAAGGCGAUCGUCACUACAUCGAACACUACGGAAGGUACCGCGACAACAAAGGUAACCUUUGAGUCAGGGAGGUAUGAUAUAGCGGUCAACUACUAUGAUCUGAUUGGAGGCAAAGCGCAGUACGAGCUGCACAUCAACAACAAGACGAUUGGCAGCUGGAAAGGUGAUCUAGAGGACAAGCUGGGCCAUGCGCCGUCUGUAUAUCUUGACGGGCAUUCAGCGACGCGAAUUACGUUCAGAAACAUCACGGUGGGCAAGGGAGAUGUGCUUAAAAUCUCAGGGCGACCAGAUGGCGUAGAGCCAGCGCCAAUCGAUUAUGUUUCCUUUCUACCGCCGGGGGUGGUCGACUGAGCAGUUGGUGGGAGGAAAUGCGCGUUCUCGUCUUUCGUUUGGC